CUCGUCCAGCCAAUCCCUUCCGCAUCGCUCUCCUUGACUGGAUGUAUUAGCUGCCCACUCCUCCGGUCUAUUCGAUCGCCCCUCUGCCUGCUACUCUUGGGUGUCUUUAUUCAAACUGCUAUUAGCCCCGUCUCGGCUGGAAAAGCUGAGCCUUCCGUCUAUACCGAAAGUCUGCGAAGCUGCUUGGUUUUGAAGCGUCGCCUCCCUUCCGUCGCAUCUGGCUGCACCCAGGCCCCGCCAUUCGCCACGCCGUCCCUGGAUCCCGAUUACUCCGCAAUGGAAGCCCCCCUGGCGCCCACUAUUGGGCGAUUCCCAACCCAACUUGGGCCCGAACACUCGCCCAUGCAGUAUCCCGAUAUGCAGUUCGAUCAAGAAGUCGUGAGUCCGCUCCAGCUGCCUCCCUCGCUCAUGAAUCAGAACCCCGACCAAAAGAUCCAGCCCCCAGCCGAGUCGCAGGCGUCUCGGCCCCAGAGUCUGGGCGACCUGAACCCAGAGCUCCUGCGCUCCUUCAAAUUUUCCUAUUUCGUCUCGAACGUCGUCCAUCAAGUCGUCGGCAAGCGGCGGGUCGGCGACCAGUGGAUUCCCAUCCAGGCACUGCCACCAACCUUCAAUGAAACCACCCGGCUGAUUGCAACGGUGCUGGCCAAGAUUUCGGAUCACAUUCCGGCAUCCGUGAUUGUCAUCUCGCUCGUCCUGCUCGAGCGGCUGAUUGAAAGCCAGCGUUUCAUUCUGCAGUUCGGCUGCGAGUACAAGAUGUUCAUCGGCUGCCUGGUCAUCGCCCAUAAGCUGCAUGACGACCGGGCCUGGGGCAACAAAGCCUGGAGCGGGUUUUCAGGACUGGAUGCCCGGAAGAUCAGCGAUAAGGAGCGCCAGUUUCUCGCCGUGCUGCAGUACCAGCUCUUCGUCGGCCCCGCUGUUUACCAACACUGGGAGACCUAUUUUGGCUGCAACGCCUUCUACUGCUCACUCUAGCCACGCCCGUUCGAGUCAUGCUCACUCUGGUCGUGAUGCUGCUGCUUCCCUGUGUGGCCGCCACCAUCUGUGCUCUUCGCUGUCGCUGCCUCCGCUUCCCUCGCCCACUGAUCCUGGAUAUAUCUCGCACAUCGUAUCUUCCGCCUCUGCGCCCAGCUAUUUAUGUUUUCAUUUUUCAUUUGUUUUAUUUUGUUCUGUAUAUGAUUUCUAUUGCGUUCUUGUUUUUGCUUCGCUUCUUUUCUCUCCUUUGAUUUUGCUUCCACACCACCAUCGACAGUAGUGCCCAUCGCGCUUUCCGCUCGAGCGUGGUCCAACCGUCACUAGAACUCCCAAAUGAAACAGAGGACAAUCCGCUCCUCCUCCUCCUCCAAAAUAGACAAAGCCUGGCAUUCUAU